AUGGCGAACCAUUCGGAUGUGAGCACGGCAGACCAGACUAUCGUCCGUCUGCCCUCACCUCAGAAACUGGAGUUUUCGGCCUCGCCGCCUCGGAUUCUUAUUAUUGGUGCUGGUAAUCGCGGCGUAACCUACGCCAGGGCCAUUAAGAACACGAGCAAUGGCGUUGUCGCCGGUGUGGUCGAGCCCAUCACCUUGAAAAGGCAACACAUCGGGCGUACCUACAUCUGGGGAAAACGAGAGCCUCUCGAGGGCGAAGAGUUCGAAGACUAUCGCCAGUACGUCUCCUGGGAGCUUAAGAGAAGAAAGCGCGCCGCCGCUGGGGAGGAGGUACCGGAAGGAGUGGAUGCGGCGUUCAUAUGCGUGCAGGACAGCAUGCAUCGGGAGGUUGUCGAAGCAUUAGCUCCCCUGAAUCUCCAUAUCAUGUGUGAGAAGCCGCUUGCUCCCACUCUCGAAGACUGCGUCGGAAUUUACAAAUCAAUAUUGCCGAACCGCGAUGUGCAGCCCACACGCCUUUUUGCCGUUGGACAAGUCCUCCGCUACACUCCACACAACAUGCUCUUACGGGAGCUCUUGCGGGAGGACAAGGUCAUUGGAGAGAUCAUGGCUGUGCAUCAUGUUGAACCGGUAGGUUGGAAUCACUUUGUGCAUAGCUUUGUCAGGGGAAACUGGAGGAAAGAGUCGGUAUCAUCGCCGUCCUUGCUCGCGAAAUGCUGCCACGAUAUCGACCUUCUCUACUGGCUCAUCGCAGCACCGGCGCCUGGGUCCAAUAUACCAGCACACGUACCGAAAGACAUCAGCUCAUCCGGGUCCCUCCAAUACUUCCGACGUAACCGUAAGCCCGCCGAGGCUGGUGCAGCGACAAACUGCCUUUCCUGUGCAUUUGAGCCCAAGUGUCAAUUCUCGGCCAAGAGAAUCUACACGGCGUCUUACUUGGCGGGCCCGAAUCAGGAGGGUUGGAAACGGGUGGUGUGUCCGGAAAUCGAAGAAUGCGUUACCGCUGGCCGUCCUGAAGCAGCCCAGCAGGCGCUUCUAGAAAGAUUGUGCCAGGACUACGGCGACGAGACACCGGUUCACGAAGUUGGUCAGCGCCAGUGGUAUGGGCGCUGUGUAUAUGAGACCGACAACGAUGUGUGUGACAACCAGACUGUUACACUUGCCUGGGAGGACGAGCCUGUGGCAGACGGCGAGGCCAGUCUAGAGUCACUUGCGGAUCGCAGCAGCAAGACGGCAACGCUGCAAAUGGUUGCCUUCAGCAAGAAAAUCUGCAGAAGAUCGACCAGUAUUUACGGAACGCAUGGAGAAAUCCAGACCGAUGGUGCGUGUAUCAUUGUGCAAGAUUUCAGUACAGGCCAGAAGAAAUCCCACUACCCCCACGUUGCACAGGACGACAGUCACGAAGAUGGCGAUGAAGGUUUGACACGAGCAUUCCUUCUCGCCAUCGACCGGAUCAAGAACCACGGUGUUUCGGUUACAGACGCCCAGAGAGAAAACAUUGGUUGCUCACUCUCAGACAUCAUCAUGGGCCACGCGCUGGUUUUCGCCGCGGAAAAAGCAAGAAAAAGUAAAACGGUAGUAGACUUCCCUGACUGGUUGAGGAAGGAGAUGUUCCAAGGGUUUUAG